GUCGAUUGGCGCCACUCGAGUUAAGUCAGCGUGCGAGACAACAUUUUGGAUAAGGUCCGUUCGGUUUCCAAUACUUUGAUAAUAUUAUAUCUUAUGUAUACGUUAUUUAUUUCAGUACGAUAUGCCGCCUCCGUUUCUGACGUGGAUGCUGUAUUCGGUGGCCGUCGCGGUGUCCGCCGCUGGCCAACAGCGGCCGUCCGUGGACAAACGACAAGUGCCGGUGGACGGCGACUUCACGGACAGGACGUCCGACGGCUCGUACGGUUUUCGGUACGCGGACAGGAACCAGUUUCACGUGGCCGCCGCCAACAAAGACAACGUGGUGUCCGGAAGAUUUGGAUCUAGAAAUCCGGGCACUGGUAUCAUCGGUCAGACUUUGUACUCGGCCGGUCCUCGAGGUUUCCGAGCCCGGGGCCCUGACAUCGCCCGACAGACGGACCUGUCGCAAGUGCGUUUGCCGUAUUCGCCGCCGGUGCCCACCGACUCGUCCAAGUACGACCCGGCCUACGACCGUUACUACGACCCCAACGAGGACGCCAGUUACAGAUUCACCGUCCGCACGCCCACGUUGUCCAAAGCCGAGACCGCCGACUCCAGAGGUCGCGUCCAAGGCGUUUACUCGUACGUCGACGAUGUCGGUAAGAGACACGACGUCCAAUACGAAGCUGGCGCCGGCACAGGGUUUCGCGUGAAAUCGGCCCAUCCUGACUCGGAACCGUUCAACGGGUUAUUCUAUAGCGGUCCGCCGGGCAAACCGGGCGGUCAACCGCGGGGCACCUCGUCCGUGGUGAUGGGACAAGACGGCUCGUACGGGUUCACGGCAUCCGGGCCGGACCAACGGCGGACGGAAGUGAGCGAUUCCAACGGGCGCGUACGGGGCUCUUACACGUACGUGGACGACAAAGGCGUGCAGCGGACCGUGCAGUACGUGGCCGGUCCGGACAUCGGAUACCGGGUAAUCAAUAACGCGCCGGCGUUGCAAUUACCGCUUCCCGUACCGGUAACGUCGAUAUUGCCGCCUUCGUUGUUGGUGACGUCCACGCUUUCGCCGUCCGACUUCGAGCAUGACCUGUUCGGGCCCGUGGCCAGCAGUACGGUCGCCCCACCGCCGUUGCAGGCCCCGCGCAGGGACACGGCGAAUGACAACGACAACAAUAAAAAUAUCAACGACGACAACGACGACGGCGACAAAAGAGGAGGAACCAAUUUUCUGUCAUCCGACAGCUCUCUGCCGUUGGGUUCGGCGUUCCCGGAGGACGAUCCCCGGAUACCGGCCAAAAAGUGGCCGUCCACGUACAAAAACAAAGAAGAAGAAUCAUUUUUCCAGUCUUUUGACAAAUUCUACAAGCGCAAGGAAGACGGCCAGAAAUCGCUGUUCGGCGUCCCGGAAACGCCGUACGGUCAAUCGAGGCCGAUCGUUGUCGACCAGAUCAAAUACGGCGAGUACGGCGGCACCGACUAUCAAAAACACCACCACAAGGAUCAGGUGGAAUACGGGAACGAAGACAGCAACUUCAUCGGGUUCCCUGCCGGUACCGUCGUCAAAGGGUACGUCCAGAACUUGGACAUACUGCCAUUCGGAUACAGAGUGCCAUCGCCUUCGUUUGUUUUUGAAAAACAAUUUGGUACCGGCGACGGUUACCAUAAUUCAAUUAAAAAAUAAAAAUAUUGACGGAAGCGAGUAAUUGACCUGCUGAGUUCCUGUAUACCAUAUUUUUAACAUACUACUCAUUUUCAUUUUCUAGUUUUUACUAACGCUCGCUUAAAUACUACUUGUAAUUUUUAAAACGUAUUUUGUAUUGCUUGGCGAACCAUAAACUAAAAACGUGUAUACUUAAGUAUAAAUCAAAAUUAGAUUAAGGUAUAGUAAUAACUAAUAAAAUGUGUUUGAGAAGGCCGACGUGCAGUUUAAUUACCAUUAUAUUAUAUUUAAUUUGUCCAAUGUUAAUCAUUUGAAUAACAAACAUUGGCAAUAUUAUGACAUAAGACCGCUUUGAUUCUCUGAUUCUAUGUAUCUAAAAUCUAAAUGUCUACUUCUAAUUUCUAAGGUUAUACUAUA